AUGGGAUUUUCCUCAAAAUCGGUUGCUGGUGAGGCCAGGGGCACCUCUAGUGAGGACAAGGACCGGGCGAAGGAGGAGCGUCGUCUCCUAUGGAAGCUCGAUUUGGUCAUCCUGACCUACUCCUGCUUCAGCUACUUCUUCAAUUAUCUUGACCGCGCGUCAUUUGCCAAUGCCUACGUCGCCGGUCUUAGAGAAGACCUCCAGAUGGUGGGGAACCAGCUUGUCGUCGGCCAGAUCCCAAACGCGCUCAUCAUUCAGAAGAUUGCGCCCCGAAUCUGGCUGCCCUCCAUGGUCGUCCUCUGGGGAUGCCUUACUAUGGCCUCCGCUGGCUGCAAGACCUACCCUCAGCUCUGCGCCGUGCGGUUCCUCAUGGGCCUCGCAGAGGCCAGCACUUAUCCCGGCUGCGUCUUCAUUAUCGGCUCGUGGUACAAGCCGUCGGAGCUCGUCAAGCGCACCGCCGUCUUUACUAUUGCUGGGCAGGUCGGCACCAUGUUCGCGGGCGUUAUGAUGACCGCCAUCCGCGAGGGCAUGGACGGCCACGCCGGUCUCAAGGGCUGGCAGUGGGUGUUCCUCAUUGACGGCAUCAUCACCUUGCCCAUCUCCGUCAUGGGUUUCCUUUACCUUCCAGACACUCCUGAGAAGACCCGCGCAAGCUAUCUCAGCCCGCGGGAGAGGGCGCUGGCCCUGAGUCGGGUGCCGCCCAAGCGCGCAGACAGCAACAGCAUCAGUCCUUUGUCGCUGUUCAAGCGCGUCUGCGCAACACCGGCCAUGUACUGCCUCAUCUUUUUCUCCAUCUGUGCCUCGGCUCUGCAGGCCUUUCCGCUCCAGGGGCUGUUCCUCCUCUGGCUCAAGAACUAUCAAGGCAACCCCUACACGCAGUCAAACGUAAACACCUACCCGCUGGGCAUCCAGGGCGUCGGCAUCAUCGCCGAGCUUGGUACGGCAGCGUACCUCGACAGGACGGGCCACCGGGUCCGCACCGGCAUCGCCAUAGUCCUCGUGCAGGUCGUCUGCGCCAUCAUCCUCAUCAUUCCCGAUGCGCCGCGCGCGGCCUACUUCUUCGCCUUCUACGCGUCCGGUUCCUCGUUCGCCAUCUCCCCGCUACUGUACGGCUGGGCCAACAUUGUGCUGUCCCGCGGUGGCGACGACGCGCACCGCGCGGUGACGCUCUCCAUGAUGGCUGGGUCGGGCCUGAUCCUGUGGACCUUCUGGGGCAUCGCCAUGUACCCGGCCACUGACGCACCUUACUGGAGGAAGGGAAGCAUCGCCAUGCUGUGCGCAUGCGCAGCGGUGACCGGCGUACUGUUCGUUGUCAAAUGGCUCGACACUUACAGCUUGAAAGAAGCCCCGGUGGUCAACUCGAGUGAGGCGGAGGCUGAGAACCCUACCGCGGAGCAGACGGUUGUGAUGGGAAACAAGGCUCGUGGUGAGUGCUAG